AUGAGUGGCGCGCCGAUGGCUGCUCGUGAAGGCGGAGGUUUGGCCGCUGGAGGUGCGCACGGCAGCAGUGACGGCGCGGACGGCAGCAGUGACGGCGCGGACGGCAGCAGUGACGACGCGGAUGUAGAGCGUAUUGAGAGCGGCGGCAGUGGCGGUUGCAUUGCAGUCGAGCGCUGGCGGCUGUAUUGCACGAAGAAAUCGGAGAAGGCUGAGAGGCGAACGAAGCGACGAGCGCAAGUGCGAGAGAAUGUGGCAGCACAGCGGGGCGUGGGGAUGGGGGUUGCAGCAGCGCCUCCAGGCGCAGGAGGGGCAGUCAACAGUGGUAUCAUUAGCAGCGGUGGUAGUGGCGGUGGUGGUGUGAGUGUGGAGGAACUGGGUGCUGUGUUCGGCCUGCGUGCUGGCGCUCUUGUGGCGCGCGCUGCUCUCCCCCACAUCCUUGCUGAGUUUCGGCCGGCUUCUUGUCAUCAUUGCACGAUGCCUCCUAAGAACUCCCGUAAGGCAGUGGCUGAUGCUGCCUUGGUCAACCGUGCUGGUGGUUCCGAUCCUGCGAGCAAGUCAACGCCAAGCAAGCGGUCAGAUGUGGACAUUAAUCUACCGACCAAAGCGGAAGUUACCGCUGGGAGCUCAGGCCUUUCUGUCGAGGAGAAGCUGAAAGCGUUGGCCACGGUGGCUGCUGAUGACUCAUUUAUCGAAGAUGACUCUGAUGAGGAGCUGGAGAUUGAUGCGAGCAAAGGAAUCUCCCCUCACCUGCGUUCGACGGUGAUUCUGCUUUUUCCAGUGAUCCUGUCGCAUGAAGUCGCUUCUGUUAUUCUAACUGUGCGGACGCUUAUGAAGCGUGUUUGGGCAAACCUGCUCUCUGAUGACGUCUUGGCCACGGUGAAGUUUCAGGAGCUGCUUCCCGCGUCUGUUGCCAAGACCCGCUAUAGUUGUCUCCAAGUGUCAUUCCUGCGAGAGUCCGACGCUGUGAACAUUAAGCAGACAUCGGUGGAUCAUAAGCGUCCCAACGGAAUUACGAUUCAUUGUUUCUGGCUGCACCAAGAGGAUCCAGCUUACCUGCGUAUGAAGGCGACAAAUCCGCAGAUGCUGGAGGUGUAUUUCAAAGGUGUCCCCGCUGACAUUCCCCCGGAGCUGGUUUUGGAGGUGAUGGUGAAGCAUCCGCUCAAGAUCCGGAAGCAGUCGGCCUUCAGCGGUGGUCACUGCUUUCACCGCGUCCUUCAUCCGGUGACCGGCGCUGACAUGGACAAGAUCAAGGGGCUGGUUAUUACGGAGUUAAACGCAGGCGGGAAGCUGGUGAAUGACAAUGAAGCUAUCCUGAAGGCAGCGUCACAGUAUUAUAAGGAGCUGUUUGGAAGCGACAGACAGCAGGCCGUCUCUGCUUGGUCUCCUGCUCCCAGGAGGUCUCUGUCGCAGAAGUCGGCGGAAGCGGUGUGUGCGGCCUGGUCGGAGGAAGAAGUGAAAGCUGCUUUCCGUUCGAUGGCGAAGGAUAAGGCUCCUGGGAAGGAUGGGUUGCCGAAGGAGCUGUUCGAGUUCCACUGGGAUAUCCUGGGCAAACAUUUGAUGAAGCUGGCUGACAAUUUUGCAGCUACGACGACGCUGCCGACGAGUACGAAUGACGCUGUUACCAUCCUGCUACACAAAAAGGGGGGGAGGGAGCAGCUUGAGAACUACAGACCGAUCACCCUUCUGAGCUUCACCUACAAAGUGAUCGCGAGGGUGGUGGCAGACAGGAUGAAAAGAGUGCUGCAUGAAGUCAUAUCUCCGGAGCAGUACGGUUUCUUGCCUGGUAGAAGGCUAUCCGACGCGGUGGGCUUGGUUGCGGAUGUUAUCGAGGCCGCGAAGAGCAAGGAUCAUGACUGGUAUCUUCUGCUGGUCGACUUUAGGAAAGCUUUUGACUCGGUCUCGAGGAACUUCCUGUUUACGGUGCUCGAGCGGAUGGGUUUUCUGAGCCGUCUCGUGGACUGGGUUAGGGGCCUGCACAAGGAUACACGGACCAGUCUCUUAAUCAACGGCUGGAUGGGGGAAGCGGUUGACGUGGUGUCUGGGGUGCGGCAGGGUUGUCCGCUUGCGCCUUACCUCUUCUUGUGCGCGGUGGAACCGUUGGCCCAGCAGGCGGCUUCUAGAAAACUUGGUUUUGAAAAGGGGGAGCAGCGGCAGGCUUAUCUGGGGUAUGCUGACAACACGACUUUAGUCCUGCAAGGAGAAGAACAGAUUGCGGAAGCAGAGCGGCUGUUAGCAGACUUCGAGGCAGAGUCGGGGCUGGCAACGAACAUAGAGAAGUCAUCCAUCUUACCCCUGGGGUGUAACCUGAACAAACAGGCCUGCAGAACGGACGGUUUCAAAUGGGUAAAGGCGGAUGAAGCAGAGAGGCUCCUGGGCGUGUGGGUGACGCCGGCUGGCAGCUGCGCCCCCACCUGGGAAAAAGCUUUCGCGCGGAUCAAGGAUAAGCUGAGACAAUGGGAGACGCAGCAUCUCACCACAGGCGCCAGGGUAGCGGUAAUCAACUGCUACAUCUCACCCAUAAUUUUCUUCCAGGCGCAGGUGUACCCGCUGCCGGUGGAUAUUUGGGGGAGGAUUUUGAAGCUGUCGCACAACUUUGUAUGA